AUGGAGACGAAGGAUUUCGAAUUCCGACCCACCAAAGAAGGCGCUCGCUCCAAGAGCCCUGGUGUCAUCGGUCGUCUGAGCAAUUUUGCCCGGUCCAAGACACGCCAUUCACUGAACGAGAAGACCUCCAAUUCUACGACAUUCAAUGAAAAACCUAAGAAGGAUCUCCAUCGUGAAUUCCAGAGAUGUCGCGACAACAAUGAUCUUCGGCUCGAUCUCAGUUCCAAUGAUAUUACGUCUAUACCGUCCUCGAUCAGGGAUCUUACCCAGUUGACUGAGCUGUUUUUGUACAAAAACAAACUUACUCAAUUACCGCCGGAACUAGGAAAUCUGGUUUCUCUGCGGAAGUUGGGCUUGAGUGAAAAUGCCCUUUGUUCCUUACCUGAUUCACUUGCUUCUCUUACGCAAUUAGAAACCUUAGAUUUACGGCAUAAUAAGCUCACAGAGAUACCGUCCGUCAUUUAUCGGAUUACCUCACUCGAAACGCUCUGGUUGCGGUACAAUAGGAUCAUGUCCAUCGAAGAAGAUAUUGGAAAUCUGUCCAAACUCAAAAUGAUAGACUUGCGUGAGAAUAAAAUACACAGUUUACCGGCAUCAAUAGGCAAAAUCCAGUCUUUGGUUGUCUGCCUUCUCAGCUACAAUCACUUAUCGAAGGUUCCUGAUGAACUUGGGCUCUGCAUCAGCCUAACCCAACUUGAUUUGCAACACAAUGAUCUAGCUGAAUUGCCGGAAACAAUGGGCAAACUGACAAAUCUUGUUCGACUGGGCAUAAGGUAUAAUAAGCUUCGGACGUUGCCUGCUUCUCUCGAGAAUUGUAAUCAACUAGAAGAGUUUAUCAUUGAAGGGAAUCAUCUGCAGCAAUUACCUGACGCCAUGUUAACUUGUCUCCCGAAGUUGCGAACGGUGAAUUUGUCGCGCAACGAACUUUCAGGUUUCCCUCAAGGUGGACCACAGCAGUUUGCCUCGGCUGUCACAAUUAAUAUGGAGCACAAUCGCAUCAGUAAGAUUCCAAUCGGUAUUUUCUCACGCGCUACCGGACUCACAAAGCUGAAUUUGAAAGAAAACGAAUUGCAGUCGCUACCUCUGGAUAUGGGAAGUUGGACUUCCAUUACGGAAUUGAACCUUUCGACAAAUCAGCUUAAAGUGUUACCCGAGGACAUAGAAAAAUUGGUCAACCUGGAGAUUCUCGUCUUGUCAAACAAUCAGCUCAAAAAGAUGCCCGCACAAAUAGGGAACCUCAAAAAGCUGCGUGAACUGGAUCUGGAAGAGAACGAUUUGGAAACUAUUCCAAGUGAAAUAGGAUUCCUUCUCCAACUUACUAAACUAUGGGUGCAGUCUAACAAACUCGUCAGCUUACCUCGCACCAUAGGCAAUUUGGCUAGCCUCCAAGAUUUACGAGUCGGUGAAAACUCAUUAUCUUCGAUACCAGAGGAAAUAGGACAUCUGGACUGCUUGAAGUCCUUAUAUCUCAAUGACAAUCAUUCAUUGCAUAAUUUGCCGUUUGAACUUGCUCUUUGUUCAUCGUUGGAAAUAAUGUCUAUCGAGAACUGUCCGCUCAGUCAAAUUCCUCCGGAAAUCACUGCAGGAGGACCCAGUCUUGUUAUACAGGUAACGUGGUUCUGA